GAAAGCCAAGACCGAAAAGAUGGCUGAGUUUAUCGUGGGUAGCACUUGUGCGGCGGCUAAAGAAAAUGCAGAUUGUGAAGGAUUGUUGUCAUGCUUGCAUGCGGGUGGCGUAACGAACGUUCCCAUUUACUCUCUUGAUUUCAACCAUUUGCUAGAUUUCUCCGCUCAGAAUCUUCGAUUUAUAGAGCCUUAGAUACGCAGGCCUUACGUUAUCAUUGUUCCGGAGAACGAAAGCCAGCUGCAACAAUCCGUUUUGUGCAGCAUAAAACACGGAUGGGAGAUCCGUGUUCGAAGUAAUGGGCACAGCUACGAGGGGCUUUCCUACACCGCCUGCGCUUCUUUCGUGCUCAUCGAUCUUCAAAAGCUUAAAAAAGUCACGGUGGGUACGAAAUCCAAGACGGCCUGGGUGGAAGCCGACGCCACCUUGGGGGAGGUUUAUUCUGCUGUCGCAAACAGUUCGGCUGAGCUCGGCUUUCCUGCAGGAACUUGCCACACGGUGGGCUGCGGCGGUCAUUUUGCUGGCGGAGGGCUCGGCGUACUAAUGAGAAAAUACGGCUUGGCAUGUGAUCAUGUCUUGGACGCCCGGCUGAUAAAUGCGUCAGGAAAGAUGAUGGAUAAAGACAGCAUGGGUGAAGAUGUGUUUUGGGCUUUAAGAGGUGGAGGCGGCGGUUGCUGGGGAGUUGUAUAUGCCUGGAAGAUCCAGCUGGUGAGCCUACCGCCAGUUUUGACAGUCUUCAAGGUACCAAAAACGGGUGCAGACAUUGUCACGGAGACCGUCCUCAAAUGGCAAUAUGUUGCUCCUCAAACCGAGGAGGACCUCUUCAUUCGAGUGGAACUCCGAGUCAAAAACGAAAGUGAUAGCGCCGAUAUCACAGCCUCGUUCCAUGGAAUAUACCUUGGGUGUAAGAAUGAGCUGCUUAGCAAAAUUGCUAACAUCUUCCCCGAGCUGCGAAUGGAGCCGAACCAUUGUGAUGAAAUGAGCUGGAUAAACUCAGUUUGCUACUUUGACGGCAUCAAACAAAGCGAACUGACUAACUGGUAUGCCGAUAAAAUCUACUUCAAGGUAAAAUCUGAUUUCGCCAAGGUUCCUCUUCCUGAAUCUGCUCUGAGAGGACUUUGGGCAAUCAUGGCAGAAGAGACGAGUGCCUAUACCGCUUUCUCUCCUCUGGGAGGGAUGAUGGGCAGGAUUCCCUCCUCCGCGACGCCGUUUCCUCAGCGGGCAGAGACAUUGUUCGACAUACACUACAAUACAACGUGGAGAGAAAGUAGUAGAGAUAAUUACUACCUGGAAUGGAUGAGGAAACUUUACAAGUACAUGGAGCCAUAUGUCUCCUCUUCUCCUAGGGCUGCGUACGUCAAUUUUCUUGACCUUGAUCUGGGCAGUAGUUGCAAUGGGCAAGCGUCUAUUGAAGAGGCCAGAGUUUGGGGUGAAAAUUAUUUCGAUGCAAAUUUCGAUAGGCUUGUUAAGGCUAAAACGCAGGUGGAUCCCUACAACCACUUCAGAAAUCCUCAGGGGAUCCCUCCUCUCCCGAAUUAAUGUUUAUCUUGUGUUUCUUCCUUUUAGUGGCAUAGUAGGGGUGUUCUCUAUAAUAAUAGGAAGGCGCUGUUUGAGAUGCUUUCCAUAAUAAGAAUAAAGCGCUGUUAUAAGCUAUGAUACCAUCAAUUAGCACCGAGCGCACUCAGCCAAAUUUCGAAAACUCCAUGCUUUU